AAGAGUGGAGCGAAGAGAUUACGCAUAUUGCCUUGUUUAGGUUGCUGACGACAGGGCGGAACUUUCAGAUAGAACUUUCGUCUUUUAUUCAGAGUUCAAAUAGGACUGUAAAGAUAAAAGGAUAACAUGGAGAGUUUUACCGUGAACUAAACCGGACACGCAUUUUUGAACAGCUGUUUUCAAUUGGACGGAGGUGAUAACACAUCGAACAAAUAUUUGAAGGCAUCAUUGUGUCGGCGAUAUUGGUCUUAUCAACGGUUGAUUCAGUGAAUGGAGCAGAAAUGUGCGAUGGAUUUUUCUCUUAGUACAAAACACAACCGAUCAACAAUUAAGAUUGUCGUUAUAAUGUUACUUUAAUUUCUUCACAAUGAAUGAUCUGAUCCAGAAGUACAGAAACUGGAAAUCUUAUAUUAAGUUCGUAAAGCUGGUUUCCGACGGCAUGGAAGACGAAACGAUCUUCGGCGAGAAGCAAUCGAUACGGGAUUCGGCCAGAACCCUGAAAAAGUAUGGCACCAUAUCCAACUCCGGUUCGUGUGUAAGUGGUAGCGCAGCCUGCAAGUCGCCAGCGUUGUGCACCGAAGCAUUGAUACGACACGAAAUCGGGAAAACGGACACGCUGCAAGGGAUAGCACUCAAGUAUGGAUGCACUAUGGAACAAAUACGCCGUGUAAAUCGUCUUCUACCUACCGACACAAUCUUCCUACGGCAAUCAUUGAUGAUUCCCGUGGAAAAAGACUCGGUUUACUAUCCAAAGGAUCCAUCGGCUAUCAUAAGACCCAACUCUCUAUCGCUGAGAUCGACGUCAACCGCCGGCUGUCCGUCCAGUUCAUCCGCUAGCACUCCCAUGGAUCAGGCUGUAAGCGAAGGAAACCUCGUGUCCCCGGAGGAGGAAAGUCGGAAGAACAUGGAAGAGUUUCUGGGUAAAAUUGAUUCGUCGAUCGCGUCGACGCGAAAGUACAUCGCGGAAUCGCAGCGAAAUAGUGAAUUUGGUGCAAGCCAGAGCGACGAUAAUAUUUUCAGUUCUGGUGCUAGUAUGAACAGCAGUGGGUAUUACUCAAAGCCUCGAGCCUACUCGACGGCUUCCUCCUCAUCGUCAAUCUCGUCAUAUCAACAGUAUCAUUAUCACAAUUCCGGUGGUGCAUCGAGAGGUGCCAGCUCAUCGCAGCAUCACAAGCGCCAAAGCUCCUCGGGGAGUGCCGCAUCGGAUACCAGUCAGCUGAUUGUGAUGACGCAAGGGAAACGGGUGCAAAGUUCGCUUCAAAAGUUAGAGAAACAGCAGGACGAGCUGUUCGAGUUGUAGCAGCGGCAACAUCAAGGUGCAUGGUCAUCGGCAGAGGACGAAGACUCAGCCUCUGCAAUCGAAUUGAGUGCGCUAGUCGGGUACCGCAAGCAUAACCAUCGCUUUUUCAAUGUCGGUGCAGGUAAUCAGGGUAGUUUUUACAGAAAUCAUUACUCAUAUCGUCGGCUAGCGGCCGCGAUUGGUUCCGGUUUUAAAUCGAGGAUCAACGGUUUCUUGACUUUGCUACUUCGAACUGACAGCAGUCGACAAAGACAACUAAAGUAUAAACAACAUCAAAAUCAAAAACGAGCUGACGGAAUGAAUGGUUUCGAAAAUAACUCUGAGGUGAGCAUUGAAAAUUACUACAGAUUAUCAAAAGUUAGAGUUCAGAUGAAAAGAGAAACCGUUGGAUAAGUGGAAAGUCGGCACCAUCUUGAUAAAUGUGAGAUAUUUACAAAGAUGAUAGAAUUAAAGAUAGAGCUCGAGUGUCCUAGACAAACUAAUAGCAAACAAUUUUAAUGAGAUUCAACCACAGCAAUGCACACGCAAUGAUAAAUGCACUAUGACGAUGCUUUGCUAAGCAACAAUGGCAUUAAUACAAUUAGAUUAUUUGGUUAAAAUCGUUUUAUUUUUUGUUGCAACCAAUCAUUUUUAAAUACUCCGAUUAGAUAAUUCUAUACGACUUUAACAUGUGCCUAUAAGUGCAAGGCUUCUUUUUCCCGAAUAGUUCAAUGUUUAUGAUUUUUAUGUUUCUGAAACCUGGAUUUUUUUGCUUCAUUUAAGAGACCUUGGAGUGCUUCUGUGGCCGAGUGGUUAGCGUUCCACAUUGGGCCUGAUUCUGGAAUACACUUCACGGUGGAAACGAAAUAAACGGCACGCCAUUGAGCUACGUUGAGUUAGUGAAGUGUCGAAGAUAAUAAUGAGUUUUCAGGCAGAAUGGGCACUUUUCAAAUAAAAAAACAUGAACGAAAAUUAACUCCUUCGUAUCAAACGUGCAUUCAAUAUGAGUGGAAAACUUUGUUUUCUUCAUGUGAUAUAAUAAUCUCAUAAAACUUUCAUCUGAAGAUAAUUUAAUAUUAUAAUGAUAAGUUUAGUGGGAAACUAAUCUCGUUUCCCUAGAGGCGAAUGAACUGAAAAGUUUAAACUCUCUUAAAGCCAAAAAGAAGAAGAAGAAUCUCGUAUCCAGAUGUCGACACCGUACCGUUGUCAUCGCGGAUACGUUUCAUUCCGUUUCCACCGUGAAGUGUAUUCGAGAAUCAGGCCCAUUAUCAGGCCGGGGGUUCGGGUUCGAUUGCCGUUCUGGCCGGGGGAUUUUUCGCCAAAGAAAUUCUUUCCGACCUGCACUGUGAUCACGUGUAUUCUAGAGCUUGCCACUCCAGAAUACAUUCAAGGCGUGUUAUCCGCCAUAGAAAUCUCAACUAGGUACUACUAAUAAAAACGACGUAACGCAAAAGAUCCAUUGGGAACGUUAAGGUCAUCCAAGAAGAAGAGAUCUUAGGGGGGGUCAGAUAUUUGUUUUCAAAGAUUUUGUAAUUCACGCUUUUUAAACAGCAAUUGCUCUGUAGCUAUUGCUGGACAGUUUCUAAAGAAUUUGACGAACGUUACUUGCAUCUUGUAAGACCAAAUACACCCAGCGAAAACAGCGGACUAAAGUGCAACGACUUAUUUUUUUUUAGUAAUUUUUGAAAGGCUGUAACUUUGUAACUUUUUGUUUAAAAACUAAGAAUUCCCACCUAACUUAUAUGUUUCCAGUUUGAUGUGUGUGGUUUAACUCUUUUACGGGUAGUGGCAACUAUAUUGCCACCAACGAUUUUAUUUUUUUCUCUUCUUUAACAAUAAAUUAUCACUUCUAGCUUUAUGUGGUAACUAGUUCUGAUAUUUAGGAACAAACCUAAUCUUUUUUAAUCUAACUAUUCAUUUUGGAGCCAUUUUCGUGUUAACAACCCCCAAUUUCGAGCAGCAAGAACAAAUUUCCCGAAAAGUCGUUAAAAACAGUCAAUUUGUUGAAGUUUUCAAUACGUAUGAACUGUUUACGACCUGCUGAUUCUGAUCAGGAGUUUUACUAGUUGUUUUUCUGAAACUAACAUCGAAUAUUCAAAUAUAAAAAAUAAUUUUUCUUCAUCUAGUGUUUACCGCUAGACGGGCAGAUGGCAGCUAUAUUGCCACCAAUAUGGGCAAUAUGGUCCCGCUAAGAACGAAACGUCCUAAAUCAUGUAGGAACAUUUAUAAAUUAUGCUACAUAUUAAAACCUCACGAUUUGAAACCUUAUUGAUCGAUGUAGAUUGUAUGAAGAAUUAUUUGGAAAAUUUACACUUUUAAAAAAAUGUUCCAUUUCCGUCGAUCGAAAACACUACGGGACAAAAUGGGCCACCAUGCGGGGCAAUAUGACCAUGUUUAUUGAUUGAAUAGUUCAAGCAUGUUUUCGUAGGGGAAUAACGUAACAAGUUCAUAAAACGAAAGCUUAUUCUAUUUUGCAACUUUCGCGUAUAUUUAAUUGGAUUUCAUUCAGUUUGCAUGUACAAAAAAUAACAAUGUGAUCAAAGUGAUGGGACUACAAUUUUACGUUGCUCAAAUCAGGAACAGGGAAUAUCUGUGCAUCGAUAGCAUUGGUUCCGUUAAUCGCCACCCGUAGAGGAACUGGAUUGUGUCCCACAGUAGCAACAUAAGGUGUCCUGUGGAAUAUUCCAUAAUGGUGAUUCCUUGCUCAGCACCCAGCGCUCAUCUGGCUUUUUCUCCGCAUUGCUAGGAUUUUGGAAUUUUUGGUCUGCACCUGUUGAAUAAUGAUAAUAAUUUUUAGUUUACUUGCUGCUCCUAUGGAAAAAAAUAUAGUUACAUACUGGAACCACUGAUGUUUUAUCGACGUUGAAUUUUCUGGAGGAAUGUUGUAUUUCUGCUGUUCGUCCUCCAGUAAAUCGUAGAAUUUCCCGACUGCAACGCGAUUGAAUCAUUUAGUCCUAGCGGCGGAGGUUUCUUCUUGUGUCCGAAGUGAGAUUUUUGAGUGACACUUUCGAAAACCAGACACAAUUUUGGGAUAUGUCGUGUGGUGAUUGAUUAACCGCGCAAACAAACACCAAUCCGAUGUAACACGUAACACUAACUCAUGGAUUUCUUUCUAUUCAUUGCAAAAAUAAGAGACGUUAUCUCUCGUUGACGGUUAAAAACAUAAUCCUUUUAUUCACGUUCUUUUACAAUCAGGAUAGUUCUUAAUUCUAGUACCGCUAAUACAAUAUGUUAAACUGGAGGGAGAAACCUAGAACAACUAUUUACUGAUUAUCCAAUCAGAAGUAAGUAAAUUGAAAUGACAAAUACCAAUAUGCAUACGUGAACGCAUUGUCGCUAUGUUCUAGGCGUGUGCGGAUGGCUCAUAGAUAGAGCGAAAGAAUAUAAUUGCUUAGCGCGAUGGGUGUUCCAUGAAAUACGAUGCCAUGAGACCGUUUCAAGUAUGGUGCAACAUGUAUAUCGAUUAUUGAGUCAACGCUUAAUGCUUGGGAACACAAGUGCCCUAAUUUAGUUGCAACACUUGUGUGACAUGGAAAAGGUUCAGCUAUAAUCGAUUAGCUGUGAAUAGACAUGAUCCAGUGAAGAUAUGUUAUGCAUGCAAUUAUGAAUAAGCAUAAAUAACGUAUGCGUGGGAACAUCUAGAAAAUAAACCAAUUCUGGUUUCAAGGGUUGUAAAUUUCUCUGGAAACAUUAAGAUCAAUUAUUUAUGAUCUUUGGGGAAUCUGGUAUAGCACACAAUGCACAAAGGAUGUUUGUCACACUAUCGUACUACUUUUCGCUGCUUCGGUGGUCGCGUUCAAGCUGGUCUGUGACCACUUUUUACAAUCGGAUGUUCUGAUAUAAUUCCGCACCAUGAUUCCACAUCUAACUAUUUCCAACUAUGUUUACAAAUUUUGACAGUUGUUUUUACAGGUUUUGUUGAUAAAAUACCUGGUCAUAAUGCCCCAAGCAGGUAUGCCCAUUCCGCCCCGUACAUUUACACUCAAUAAAAAUGAACCGAUCUUUAACAUGGAACGGCAAAGCAACGCAACAAAUCAGUGAAAAAGUUCAGAAAUAAUACCAGCACGAAUUGAUAUAAAGAGCAUAGUCAUAAAUUUCAGCAUGGAGCGUACAGAGCUUAUUUUGUUAACUGCUUUUUUAUAUGUUUUUCGUGAUGGUCGGUCAGUGUGAUAUUUCUUUCAAUACCUUUAUACAACAAUUUAAUUUGAAUACGGUUUUCACGGAGCUACUUAAUAAGAUUAUUUCUAACACAAUUGUUGCCAAUUAAGUGUUAUUGGUUCAAUGAAAAGCCCAAACGAACGGUGGCCCAUUUCUCCCCGCCUGGUCAUAUUGCCCCUAUCUACCCUAUAUUUCCUGUGUUAUUAGUUUUAGAGGAGUUCUUUCGGUUUCCUUCUCCUGUUUCCCACUAUUAACUUUUCGAUAAAAGGACGUGCGAAAAACAAUAGAAUAUAUAGCCAGAUCAAUGAAUUUUACAGGUUUACCUUCUCAGGUUACCUAAAAAUAAUCUCUGCCGCGUGCUACCAUUAGAUUUUCGUUUCGUCUCGAGAGGUCUAUAGUUCGCGUUUACAUAAUUACAUCACUUACCUCAGUGACUCCUAAUUCUUAUCUCUCCCACUAACAACCAUUCCUUGAUAAACGCUAGGGAACCACGCUGUAGAGGCGACUCUUCUGGCGGCGAAUAUCAUACUAACAUUCCUUCCCUUCCCCUGGUGACUGUAAGGACGUGGCCGGCGACGUUAUUGACUGUUUAACCCUUUCGUCACGGAGCGUCGUCUAUAGACGACAUCCGCGCGACGAGCUGUGUAUACGAGCGUCGUCUUUAGACGACAUGAAAUUCAUACUGCUCUUCGAUCACACCAGCGCGAUGUGCAUACUUUUCGGCGCAGUGCUCCGUACAGGGGUAGCACUUCGUCGGAGCCCACUGCCGUAAUGAAUGGGUUAAAGCUCGAAUCACCGAAACUCAGCGUCAAUCAGUGUGUUCUUUGUGCAAUUUCGCUGGUUCAGGUCAAUUAGAUCGUUUUUGUUCAUUUGUGCGAGUGUUUGUGUGUGUGUGUGUUGUAUGGAGUCUUUUUAUAGUAAGGAGAGAAAAAGCUUCUAAAACCUGACCUGCAAUUUUAUCUUGUUACAAGCUGACCCGGCAAACUUCGUUCCGCUCAACAUGUAAUUUUUGUUAUCAAUACUUUCCAAUAUUCAUAUUUUCUUACUAAGCCACCCCCCCCCUCCUUUUGAAGGAGGGAGAUAUGUCAAACCAUCGAAGAAACAUUUCUCGUACCCAAAAACCCUCACAUGCCAAGUUUGCCUCCUUUUGCUUGCUUAGCUCUCGAGAUUUGUGCUUCAUUUGUAUGACAGCCACCUCCUUAGAUAGUGGGUGAGAGAUGUCGAACCAUCAUAGAAACAUUUAUUGCCCCUAAAAUCUCCACGCGCUAAACUUCGUUUCAUUUGCUAGAUUAUUUCUCGAUUUAUGCUACCCCCCUCCCCCUUCUUGAAGAUACGGGAAGAAUAUCAUAGAAAUAUUUCUUGUCCCCUAAAACUUCAACUUGCCAAAUUUGAUCCUAUUUGCUUGAUUAGUGCUCGAGUUAUGCAGCCCCCUCCCCUUAGAGAAGGGGAGAAGUGUCGAACCCAUAUAGAACUAUUUCUUGGCCCCUAAAACCUCCACGUAUCAAAUUUGAUUCCAAUUGCUUGAUUAGUUUCAAAUCAACUCUUCCGCCCCGAGUGCAAAAGCUUCACUCGACGCCACUGUGGGUGACUAUUUCCAUUUUAUGAUCCGCAAAAUCAUCUUUUCUCCAUUUUGACGUAGAACUACGUCUUUCAGGAAGGGUGCCAAAUCAGAAAACAGGUCACGUUUUUAUGAAAUAAAGUUAACGUUAAUAACUAUUUUCACUGUGAACAUACCAAUCGAAUCGGAAAUUCUCUAAGAUUUGUUUGAUAUGCUAUACAUUACAAUUCGCUAAUCUCUAAACGGUUUUAAUUUUAAAUAAAAAUUUGUUCUGCUGAUUUGUGUGCUAACCCUACCCGUAUUUCGCAUGUUUAUAACUCGAACAUUUCUUAACAGAUCGGAAAGAUGUUUGCUUCAAUUGAUAGGAAAUAUUUCUACGCGUCUAUCACAAUUAAUAACAUGUUAUUUUUCAUGAGAUGAACAAUUGAAUAACUGUAAAAUGUCAAUCGUUACCGCCCUAACUGUCAAGUUUUGAUUGGUCCGGUUUACGGUUUCCCCAACACAGACUUCAAAAUCGAUGUAUCUGUGGAAAUCCGCUUUGCAAAUAUACAUGCAAGUCGAGGGUAUUUUUUCCCCCACUAAGCUGUGUUUCACUAACACGGACUUCAAAACGAAUGUGCCUGGGGGAAUUCGCUUUGCAAAUACAUGCAAGUUGGGAGUAUGUUUUGGUGUUGAGUACUUUUUUACUCGCUUGUCGUUGUGCAGACCGGAAUAUGUUUCCCUAAAACGUACUUUUAAACUGAGAAGCCUGGGAAAAUCGUCAUUUCAGAUACUAGAGGUGAAUGAACUUUUGCGGUUCAGGAAGUACGUAAACACGAGAUGUGCAAUAAUUUCAGAGGACAAAGGUAAAUUACAAUGAUCGUUUGACAAUUCUUCCGUACACAUAUUUUGGUAGUCCUAGGCAUCAUAUCAAACGUAAAAGGACGUUCAUCAAAUUUAUUUGUAACGAAGAACAUAAUCUAUUACAAAAAUUUCGAUGCGUUCUAAAAUAAUAUUAGAAGUGGUAAACAAGUUGAUUGUUUAAUAUAGAUGCGUAGUUUUACGUCUAAAAUAUGCGGUCGUGUCCUAGAUACAAACCCUUACAAUUUUUUUUUUCAAAAAUGACUUCUUUCAAAAAUUCAUAACUUUUUAAACUAUUGAACCGAUUCAGAUGAUCGUUGGUCCACAGAUGGUCUGUGGCUCCUUUAGUUUCGGCUGUGGGCGUAGCAUAUCUGGUGAUACCAUCGCUGACUUUGAAAGCGCUUUGAAACGACUGUAGAAGAAAGUGGACUGGGCGUUGUAUAAAACUGUUGGUGCAUCGUAGAUAUGUUGUUCAGCUGUCUAUUGUAAAGUGAAGGGUGCUUCCGAUACCGUUGGAUUUGGUAUGUCUGAAACGAGACUCGGUUGGAUGUUUUUUUUUUCCCCAAAAUAUAUAUUUUAUUAAGGCACAUGUGGCGUUAGCCUGACGGGGCCGGGAGUCCAAUAUUUUGACAAUUUUUGUCUUACAACUAUGUUAGUAAUAUGUAACCGAUUACUCGCGGUUGGCUCGAGGUUAGUAUUACAAGUGUUCUCAUAAUUGGUAUGUUGCAGUCUUCGAUGUUCUGUACGUGUGCCCGACACGGGAUACUUUCUAUGGGGAUGCAGCUGACCAUUAAUCAGCAACGCCCCCCUAGUCUGUACCCCAUAUCUAGCUUGGUGCGUCUUUCUCGAUUCGAGGAAUCCAGGAUAGAAUGGUCACUAGCCGGCGCAAUCAUCAGCUCGUGUAGAGUUGUCAUGAGCGGUACAACCUUUGGCUCCUGUUGAAUGAUCAGUGGACUGCACAACCUUCGGCCCGUGCAUCUGUAAAGAGUGUGUGUAUGUAUUGCCGCGACUAAGUAAAAGUUUAUCGAUCGGAUAGGAGGGAUAUGAAACGGGGACACAACGAAGGAAACAUCAUUAAACGUUGACAUCGGCGUUUCUGAGGAACAGGUAUAGAUGAAGCAGAAGGAUCCCGGCUACCUAAGAUAUCCCGGACGUUUUUUUUUUCUAAAGGGGAAGGGAAGGGGAAUGGGGUUGGAAACUGUGGGAUUGGGACUGGGAUAUCGGGAGAAUUAUAUUAAUAUCUAAUGAUUCAUCUAAAUCUAGUAAAAUGGUGGAUAAACAUACAUCAACUAAAAUUAUCAAAUUACCCCUUAAUUUAUUGAACUUAAUAUCUAACUACUAAACAAUUGAUAAUAUAUAAAGUAUAUUGAAUAAUUGGCAUAUUAUAUUGAUUGAAAUAUAUGGUUAAGCGAUAUAAAAAUAUAUUGAUUAUUGAGAUUAUUCAAAUAGUAAUUGGCAAUUCAUUCAUAAUUUAGAUCCAGUUGCAAAGGUUGUAUUCAGGCAUCAGGUAUCACUGAGGUGCUGGCCCUUGUCCUGGGUCUACAACCCCGCCUACUGCGCCUUCUUCCUGGUUGUUAUCGGGAAUUGAGAAUUCUCCUAGGUGAGCGGCUAGAGAGCCUAGUACAUCGUCGUAACUCCAAUCAUCUACGUAAGGCUCUAAGCCUAAGAUCCCCCGGUCCUCGGCUGUAAUACUGGCCGGAGUUGGACGGGUGCAGAACGUCCUGAGAGUAGCAGUAUUUAAUGUUCUUUGUGUUGUUGCAUCUGCAAACGCUUGACAUAAUUUCUUAAAGGAUCUAUCUCUUGCUGUUUGGAAUUUUUGGAUGAGCUGAGAUGGUGUUACCACUCCAACCCCUACCGCCUGGGCAUUCGGGUUUACUCUGAGAUUAAUCUCCACAUGCCCAGCUUCUAGCUGGAGCUCCUGUACGCUGGAGAGUGACGAGUACCCCAUCAAUUGCCCAUUGGACGACAUCACAUUGGCACUGGAAUAGGAAUCCAUUAGAGCUCUAUUCAGGAGCUCUCCUGCCAUACCUGAUCUCAUUGAAGCUUUCAGGUAUGACACAACUCCCGAGAUAUGGGCUGCAUGGGGAGUCAUGGAUUUUAGCGAAGUAGUGUUAUAACUCGCACCAAAGAUUAACUCAGCACACAAGUAUGCUAGAGUUGGGUAACUUCUCAGUGGCACUAACGGCUCUCGAAUGUUGCGAAAAGGACAAUGCACGACUGCCCAUAGAGCUCGGAUUACUGCUCCCAUCUCCCCCUCCGACUGGAAUAAUGACACUAGCAGCUCAUAACUGAUGUUCCCUUGGAGGAUGGAGUCAGCAAUUGCUUGCAGAGCUGCACUAUUGACUCCGGGCGCUUGCUGAAUUAGCCAGAGUCCUUCCUCGAAUUGAUCAGUCUCAAAUGCUUUAUAGUGCAAUCUCAAAAACUCGCAGAAUUGCAAAGCAGAUACCUUAUUGGGCAGGUAUAGACCAGCAAACCGGCUGAUCAAUGCUGGGUCAGGUAUCACUAAGUUAGCAAAUAAACCGUUCUUCUUAAAAUUCUGAGCCCGUUUGUUCAGCCUGUCAGUGGAAGUGUUCCCACCCUUUGCAAUAGCAGAUAAUGCGAUGAAGAGGGAUAGAGCCACAAUCCGAAUGUUCUCAGGUUGGUAGGUGAAAACGGCUAGUGCAAAACACAUUUGCCUUACAUCCAUCCGGUUAAUUGUCUCUUCAGUGAAAGCUGGGAUGGGGUCAGUUGGAUGGUUUAGUCGGUCUGGGAAAAGCCGAUUGGCUUCAACUCCAGGGAAAUUGUGUAUCACUUGGUAGGUUAGUUGAUUCGGCGCAGUCGUUAAAAUUCGCUUGAUUAGGGUCAGGUUUUUUGUGAGCAACUCCGCAACAGAUAAUGAUCUCCCACACCAUGGUGCAGUGAUCAUCCCUAUUUGAUGUUCCUCUAUGAGGUUAUUAAACAGGGCAACCGCUGACCAUGACGCUAGACCUCCCUCCGUAAGAACAGCCCGAGCUAUAGUUCCGGCUUCCUCACUCGAAGAGGGAGGUUUAGUGAGGCUCAAUUGAAAGUACAACGGAACCACAUUGGAGUUGAUCAUCUGUGUCGCAGCCUCUCGUCGUCUCGCUAUUGCUUGCUGUAAAUUGUCCAUCUCUGAAUAUAGCUUCCGGCAGCUAAUAUCCAGUGAAUUCAAAUAUACUCUCACCUGACCCCCAAAAUUGUUGGAUGUUCUCAUCCGUGGAAACAUUCAGAUUCGGAGGCUCAAUGCCAGAAGUUUAAAACGUCGUAAUAGUAUUCUUAACAGUAGUGCACUUGUUACAAUCGGAAUCAGAAACAAGCAGAAGGGUUCCUGAAGGCGCUCUAUUCAAAAGCGCAAAGGAUUUGGACGCUUCCGUUUGAAGAUUAGGGCAGGUGGUACAUACUUCACGACUACGCUCAUGGCGCCCACAGCCUUGGUCAGUUCACCUCUUUCGGCAGAGCUUAUGUCCCCGACUGGACUACGUUUUUCAUUUCUGUACUGGGGUGUAAAUUCAAAGUUUCGAAAACAAGACAGUGACGCUGGAGUGCAAGGUUUUGAGCGUUAAUACUUCUGUAUCGGCUGGAUUGAGUGUUAUAACAAUCAGAUAAAAUGCCCCAAAGAGUUAUAUGAUUGUCACUUAUUGGUCCAAAAAAUCGUUUCAAUAGCUUAAAAAUUGCUUUAAAAACAGGCUAUUGGAACAUAACAAUCUAGCUCAUUGAUGUUGAUUGCUUUUGUGGCGCUAUGCAGCUCUCCAACUCAACAGCUCAGCAUCUCAACUCUUCAUCAGCUCAACAGCUCAUCAGCUCUCCAGCUCCGUAAUGAGCUGAUGAGCUGCGUUGUUUUGAUUGCGAGCCGAUCCGAAUCCGCUCACUAUGAUGAAGCGAUUCGAAUGAACAGCUCAUGAGAGGAUGGCACAUCUCUAGAAUGUAUGCAGGCUGUGAUUUCUUUUACUCGCUUGCAUUCGAUUCCCGUGAUGCAGUCGUAUCCAAGAGCAUCAGUUUCUAUUCUGCUUCCGCGUGGAGUGAUCAUGAAAACACUCUUAUUCUCACGAGAACAACAUAGAAUUAUGUAUCAAACUUCAUCAGUUGCUUUUUGCAAAACCACGCAAAUCCAACGGUUCUUUAUUGGACCCCCAACAAGUUCGAAAUAGUUGAAUUUCAUGUAUGACAAUUUCAUACUCAUACACAGUGAUUCUCAGAAAUCUUCAAAUUAUGGCCCCAUAUUGAAAGUCGCCACCAGACGUCUACACUGUACCACUGUUAUCGCGAAUUUUCAAUUACAGGUCACAAUCGCCUCUACUGCGACACUGAGGUGUGCUUUGGUAUGUCAAAUUAGAGGUAACUUACUGUAAUUCCUUCCAAGACCAACAAAUACACAGUAGAACCUUUCUCGCUGUUAGUCCUGGCUUGGCCACAGUUUGAGUUGGUUCAGCAUGUUUGGAACACGAUCGUUUUCGUACAAUAUUGUCGUAUGUUAUCCAUUUCUCAUCCCCAGUCACCAUCCGUUUAAGAAAUGGGUCGAUUUCAUUCCGUUUGGCCAAGGCUUCACCGAUAGAAAUUCGAUCCAUCAUGUUUGUUUUGUCCGUAAUUAGAGUGACACCCAAAUAUCGAGCUUCUUUUUGAAUCCAGUUUUACGCGAAUGGUUUAAAGUUGUUUCAUGGUCGAUCUUUAGCUCCUGGAUGAUGCUACGACUACUAACAUGUCGAUCAACAUAUAUUAUUUCUUUGAUUUCAUCACAUUUUCGACGAGGGGCCUGCCUGUGCGAGGUACAUCUGUAACAUCAAAAAUGCCUGAACGGAAUCGACGAAACCACAAUUGCGCGUGAUUAGCUGUUACAGUAUCGGCUCCAUAAACACCAUUCACAAUUUCAGCGGCCUGACUUGCAUUUUCGGCUUUAUCAAAAAAAAAAGGUAAAAUGUACCGAAUUUUCUCUUUGUUGACUUCCAUUGUUAACAUCCUGUAACUCACGACUGAAUGGAACAAACAAAAUUUGCAAAAAAAAUCGUAACGUGAAAUGUCUAUAAUCUAAGGAAUCGAAAUUCCCUAGAUGCUUGCUAUGAAGGCAAGACUUUUCGCUCGUCCUCUCUCGAGCGCUUCGUGAUUAAUCUAGGGAACUUAUUUCCCUAGAUGUAGGCAAUUGAGGCCUAAGAAUCACGGGUCCAAAUCUUUGCUAAGCCAGGGAACCUAUUUCCCUGGACUUGUUUUUUGUCUCUUAAGGGCUAGGCCCGGCGCAAAAUAUCCCGUAAUCACGAAUAUGUUUCAGAAUCAGACGACUCCAGAUUGGGUCGUCCGAGUGAAACUCGUAACUACUUUCGGAUGGGAUAUUUCCUGGUUUCUUGGUGUUUUACAGUUUUGGUUGAGCUCCUUCCUUGUUAGGAGCUCUGGCCUUGGGUGCGUGGCGCCUGGUUGCCAACGCUGGUGAAUGGUUUCGGAUUUAAGGAAUCACCAAUCUGCUAUUUUGAAAAUGAACUUAACCUUUAUUUUUUGGACUUUGAAUUAACGAAUUGAACUAAUUUGAAUUGAAAGAUGAAAUUGAACUAUGUACCGUUUGGUUUGAUUUUUAGAAUUGGACUGACUUACUUCUUCCUCACUUAAACUAAAUAUAUAUGUUUUUUAAGGGAGAGAACAAUCUCCCUUUCCUGUUCUCACAGAUAACCAACCACGUGGUUAUCUGCCUCCGAAUUUCUCAGCGUGGGAUUUUUCCCAGCUGUUUCCUAUUCAGAUAACCGAAACAUAUCGGUUAUCUGUAUUUACCGCAUGGAACCUUUUCCACUUGUUUGCGGUCCUAUGCGUCUCCCGUCAUUCGCGCUUAUCUUUGGUGCGCCGAAGAGGACGGGACCUAAACAAAUUAGUGCGCUUUGCGCAUGUUUACACCUGUCGUAAAACAUAUGCCUGAUUAUUUUUCCCUAAGUUGUUCUAGCCAAUAGUACGCCCUUGUUCAUAUUUAGGAUGUCAACAAACAUCCUGAUAAUAAUUUACCCGCCUAUUUCGUGCGGUCCUAAUCUAAUCUACCAGCGUGGAAAUUUCUGUUUUCUCUUCCUCCACUACGCCACCGCGUAGGGUCCCAAACAAACAUAUGCUCUAAUUUGCGUGCGUCAUAAAUGCCGCUUAUCGCUUAAACGCAUUCGUUCAGCGUCCUAUUUGGUCUUCGGCCCUUCGCUCUCACGCGGUAAGGCGCGAGACCAUGCGGUUAGCAAUUAGGUUUUGACUCCCACAUGGGAAUCUAAAUAAAUGCUGUGGUUUACACGCCUUUUCUUUUUUCGGCCCUUCGCACAUUUCAUGCGAUAAGGCACAAACCUAACUUGGCUAAUUGCCGUCAGUAAAUAUUUAUUUUUGUCUGGCUCCCUAUCUGAGCCGCACUUGAUCAAACUAGCACCCCUUGGGUGGCCCGGUGCUCUCGCUUGGGUAUUAUCUAAACAUAACUCAUAAGGCUCAGAUGAAAAAACAUCUGGCACGCUUAUCUUGUUGGAAGUUAAAGACGGAAAGAGAAACAGUCCCUUUUCGCUGGUAUUGAUUUUUAUUUGCGCCUGUUGCGCUUAUCUCAUACAGACCCAGGCUGAGUCAAAACAUAUGCUCGCCUCAAUCUGUUUACAAAUAAAUUUGUUAUUUUAAUUACGCCAAAUGCGCUACUAAAUUAAAAUUUACAUUGCGCCUGGAAGCGCUCCUAUCAUUCAUUUUUACUGGGUCCGUAACAAUGUCAACUUGACAACGAGCAUAACCUUGAAAUAGUUCGAUCGAUACUAUAUGAGAUUUCGAUCACUACAACCAUCUGUCGUGAAAAUGAUGGAUUUCUUUUUCUUGGAUGUUGUACUUUGCUCCGCUAAUUCUCUGGUUGAGUGUAUAGUUUUUAAAAAAAUAAUAUUUCUUCAAUUCGAUAUCAGCAGAUUUUGUCAUGGUCUCAUUUAUAUUCAAUUUAUACAACAAUAUGAUUUCGUUCACAAAAUAUCCUCUCAGUUUUUUUUAGUAUACAACGUUUGAACAAAUUUAAGUAAUUAUUCGGUUGUGUCUGUUGCAGUUGUUUUCUUGGCGAUUUUUCCGGUCACGCUGUCAAAUAUAUACCGGGAAUUUGUAAUUUUAGAUCUGCUCGUUGAAUUUUUUUUUAAAGUUGGCAUUACUGUCAGUGGUCUUUAUGUUUUAUUUUUCUGUAUCGUUUAACAAAAAAAGUGUGAUUCGAAAGAAAUUAUCUGUCAGCUUAUUAUUUUGUAACUUUAUUAAUUUGAUUUGAAUCAUCUGCGUGUCGAAAAAUGAACGAGAAUAUUAAAUGAUACCUUUAGUGUUAUAAAUAUAAUAUGCAGUGUUAGUCAACAUCGCCGGGAACUCACAGCUUUUGCAGAGAACAAUAAUCCGAAUAUACUCGUCCCUGUGAGUUAUGAAUAUAAAAUAAUUUUAUUUAAUUUCCGCACGUUCGUCUAACUCAAUGGCUUAUCACGCGACAUUCAGUUACACAAACGAAAUAAUAAUCGGCACAAGUGUAAUUUAGAUAUGACACUUAUACUGCUCUUGUAUUUACUGAGUGGUUCCAAAAUAGGGAAUUGAGUUUUGUUAUACCAAAGUACGUCUUGAUCAAACUCUUUUCUCCUCUUAUGAUGAAAAAGCUUGACGAAAAAUGAAUGUUUCAACCCCCAGCCAGUAUUACUAAUUUACUGUCCUCUUCAAUUCUUCUUAAUUCUUCUUUCGUAUGCACCCAGUUCUACAUCAUUGUAAAAAAAAUCAAAAAAUAUUUAAUCCAACUGCAAAAAAGAACAUUGGAGCAAAGGCCUAUCAUCAGCAUCACAUCGAGAUCCUCACGAUCACCAAAGUCACGUACCUCUUCUAAUCAUAUCGGUGCAUUCUGUCGCAAAACAUGUGUAUUGUUUCUGCACACCACAAAAAAGUUGGUGCAAUUUUUGAACACAAGUAGAAAAAAAAAAUUAGCGUCAUCCACAUUUCACUUAAAUAGCGACUAGCUGUCAAUAAACAAGCAAAAUCAACCAAAAUUUAACAAAUAGCUUUACUACAACUACAAGAAAAAAGUCAGAGAAACGUGUGAUGGAACCCUCCAAACAGCUAUAACGCAUAUACUGUCACGGUAAAUAUAGAUAAACAUUGUUAAAAAUUAACGCUUUGUUUCCUAGAUACAAACAAAAAUGUAUAAACGUACUUUAGUGUUUUAAGAGUGGCCAAUAAUGUUGCUGGAAAGGAUUGAUUAUUCCGCAUUGAUAAUUUGAAAAGAUAGUGAAACUAGAUAGAUUGACAUGCUAAAUAGCAAUCGAUGGUGCGUACAGCAAACAAAAUGUACUGAAAAUUGAUCAAAUAAUAUGUAAAUCUGUGUAUAUAUGCAUAGUGGAAAAAAAAUAUAAGUCUAUGGAAAUAUGUUAGAAUCACAAAACAAACAUGAUAGUUAAUAA